UAAAUAUCACUUCUCCUCCACUGACCACCACUACCUCUCUCUUCUCUCUCUACAAACACACAUUCUCUCUGCUCUGUCCUAGCAACCCCCUCUGUUCUGUUAUACUCACCCAUCUUCUUCUGACCUUGCAAUGGCAGUAUCCGGGUUCGAGGGAUUCGAGAAAAGACUCGAACUUCGUUUCUCAACAACAAAUAACAACCCAAUGGGCCUCCGUCUAAUAGACUUCGAAUCACUAGACCAAGUCCUAAACGAGGUGCAGUGCACCGUGGUCUCCGCCGUAGCGAACCACAGCUUCGACGCUUACGUCCUCUCCGAGUCGAGCCUCUUCGUCUACCCAACCAAAAUCAUCAUCAAAACAUGCGGCACCACGCAACUCCUCAAAUCAAUCCGACCGUUCAUCCACCUCGCGCGUACCCUCAGCCUCACGCUACGCGCGUGCCGCUACUCGCGAGGGAGCUUCAUAUUCCCGAAAGCGCAGCCUUUCCCUUACACUAGCUUCAAAGACGAAGUCGUCAUCGUCGAAGAAAGCCUCCCCAACUCCCUCCGUUACCGUAAAGCCUCCGUCAUGACGCCGUCUAAUAAUAAUAAUAAUCCUUCACGUGCAUGGCACGUGUUCACAGCGAGCGCUGACGUGGAGCCCGACGAGCCGCUCGUUGUAGUUGAGGUCUGCAUGACGGAGCUUGACCGAGUCAACGCUCGGAGCUUCUUCAGACGGAAAGGCGACGGUAAAAACAGCGACUCCGCCGGGAAAGAGAUGACGCGGCUGAGCGGUAUAGAUACGAUAAACGCAAACGCGUUUAUAUGCGAUUUCGCGUUUGAUCCUUGCGGCUACUCGAUGAACGGAGUCGACGGAGACCGUUACUCGACCAUCCACGUCACGCCUGAAGACGGUUUCAGCUACGCGAGCUUCGAGUGCGGUUUGUCUCUAUACGACGACGGUCACGGAGAUAUCUCGGAGGUGUUGACCCGCGCCAUUGAUGUUUUCCGGCCGGAUUGCGUCUCAGUCGCCACCACUUACGGCGGCGAGGAUUAUAGCCACGAGGUGACGAAGCGCGUGGAGCGCAUGUUGGCUAAGAAGCUCGGUCUUACGUGUCGGAGCAGGCUUGUGGAUGAGUUUCCGGGUUCCGGCACGGUUGUUUUUCAGUCGUUCACACCUCGCCGGCAAUAUUCUUCGCCGGAGGGAGGAGAACAGUAAAGAAAGGGUUUUAGGUUUUUAAUUUAGUUGAGAGGAGGAAGAAAAGGGGAGGUGAUGACGUGGAGGGAGAUGAUUGGUUGACUUGGGUAAGGAAAUAUAUAAGUGGGAACGUAUGAUCAUGCACCCCACUUUGCACUUGUGGCAAUGUCACGCCUAAGCAUUUUUGAGGUUCAGUGUUGUAGAAUUUUAGUGGGGGAUGGUAAACAAUUGUCUGCUCUUUUUUUCCUUUUUUUUUCUUUCAUUUGUUUCUUAUGUUUGUUUUAAAAAGAAAUUAAAUUAUCUUAAAUAUCUGUAUCAGUCUUUUGUUAUACGGUUUAAUCGUUCUUA